CAGAAGCUGCCACCUCCCUGGGACUACUUUAGGCCCUGCCCAGAGCUCAGAAGUCCAGACGGCCCAGAAGACAAGCAGGUUGGAGCCUGAGUCAGAGAGAAGGAGAGAGAGGGGGAGAGAGGAGAAGCCUACCACAGCAGGAGGUGAGGGCCAGCAGGAGGUGUUCGGUGUGUCUGAAGAAGUCUGCCUUCAGUUCUUCCUGAGCCAGUCGGAGAAUGGAUCUGUCCGCCCGGGAGCUGUGUCUCAACUUCACUGUGGUCCUGAUCACGGUUCUCCUGAUGUGGCUCAUCGUGAGGUCCUACCAGUCCUGAGACGGCAUGCCACUCUCCCGGGAUUGACUGCCACGCUCCGGAACUGCCUGCUGUGUGUCCCGAGAUCCCACUGCUGUAAUGGGAUGCCUGUCCUGGCACCCUAAGGCACUCACCAUCUCUGAGGUGCCUCCCCUGUUAGGGCCCAUUGUGUGUUCUCUGUAAAGAUGCUGCUCUCAAGGGCUGCAGAGAGUUUGCCAGUCAACAUUAGAUCUAUCCCCCAACUCUUAGGGCAAAUGUAUUAGCUAAGCCACAAUGUUAAUAGGAAAUGGGAUUCAUGAUGAUGUAGAAUUAUAAAAAGCCCCCAACCUGUCUCACCACACGCCCCUCCAGCCCACACUGUCUGCAGCCAAACAUUAAAUCCCCCGCCAGGAGAAAGUCAUGUUAGAGGAAGUCUUUGUCAGCCCCUGUCACGGCUAUCGUGUGAAUAAAGUUAAGUCAACCACAAAAA